CAACAUCCAACCUUCGAGCAGCGGAGAAGCAGAAGAUCUAGCAGCUUAUAAUCAGAUACAACAGAAACAAAAGAUUUGCUCUGAUCCAUCAGCAGAGAAACAGAAACUCUGCCCUGACCCAGGAGAAGAGAAGCAGAAGAUCUGUUCUAAUCGAACAGGAGAGAAGCAAAAGACCUGCUCUGAUUCACCAGAAAAGAAACAGAAGAUCUGCGCUGAUCCAGCAGAAGAGAAGCAGAAGAUCUGCGCUGAUCCAGCAGAAGAGAAGCAGAAGGUCUGCGCUGAUCCAGCAGAAGAGAAGCAGAAGGUCUGCGCUGAUCCAGCAGAAGAGAAGCAGAAGAUCUGCUCUGCUUUAGGAACACAUGAUGUCCGGUUAGAAGUCUCCUCCUGGUCUUAGUGUUCACUUUCCUACAGAGCACAAACAAACCAGCGAGGUCAGCAAGAGGCAAAAGCCUCACUGCUGUAAUCAGGAGGAAUCAUAUACGAGAAUAUGCAGCCUCAAAGAAGCUCAGCUGCUCUGCAGACGUCCUCUGGUGCUCUCCGCGCGGACUCAUCUCGCAGACGAAGGCAGAAGAGCACCAGUAAACACUCGGAGUGUGGGAAGAGUUCCACUUCACAAAGUGAUCUGCAGCUACAGGGAGAGAAACCAUAUCAUUGUUCACACUGUGGAAAGAAUUUUAAUGUAAAAGAGCAUCUGGAAACACACCAGUGCAUCCACACAGGAGAGAAGCCGUAUCAGUGCUCAGAGUGUGGGAGGAGCUUCAGUCAGCAGAGUCAUCUCCAGUUACACCAUCGUGUCCACACAGAAGAGAAACCGUACUUGUGUUCAGAGUGUGGGAAGAGCUAUAGCGAUGGAAGUGCCCUCAAAAAACACCAGAGUGUUCACAUGGCGGAGACGCCAUAUCGCUGCUCGGACUGUGGGAAGAGUUUUAAACGACAGAGCGAUCUGCAGCUGCACCAGCGCAUCCACACAGGAGAGAAACCACACCACUGCUCGUACUGCGGAAAAACGUUUAGACAAGCAGGUACCCUCAAAAAACACCAGCGCAUACACACAGGAGAGAAGCCGUAUCGAUGCUCAGACUGUGGGAGGAGUUUUAAUCAGAUCAUUCAUCUCCAAGCUCACCAGCGCAUCCACACAGGAGAGAAGCCGUAUUACUGCUCGGAGUGCGGCAAGAGUUUUAAUCAGCACAGCAAUUUCCAGCUACACCAGCGCAUCCACACUGGAGAGAAACCGUACCGCUGCUCGGACUGCGGAAAGACCUUUAGACAAGCAGGCACCCUCACAAAACACCAGCGUAUCCACACAGGAGAGAAGCCGUAUCAUUGCUCAGACUGCGGGAGGAGCUUUAGUCAGAACAUUCAUCUCCAAGCUCAUCAGCGCAUCCACACAGGAGAGAAGCCGUAUUACUGCUCGGAGUGUGGCAAGAGUUUUAAUCAGCACAGCAAUUUCCAGCUACACCAGCGCAUCCACACUGGCGAGAAGCCAUACCACUGUUCAGAGUGUAGCAAGAGUUUCAGGUCCUCUAACACUUUAAAGACCCAUAAGUGCACUAAGACAGAGGAGCUGUAUGUUCAACAGUCUGCAGACGCCUGUUCCUCCAGCGUUUCUUCUGAAAUGAGUAGUAAUACUGAGCGUGUGCAGCAGUAGCAGCCUCUACUCUUCUGUAAGGCUUUACACUAGAUGUUGUAACAUUGCCCUGGAAAUUUGAUUGAGCAUUAGUGAGGUCAGGUACUGAUGCAGAAUGGUCGGUUCUUGAUCACUCCAAAUCAUCCCAAAGGUAUUGGAUAGAGCUCCAGAGAACCCAGUUCCAUGGCUUCAUGGCCCAAUGCUGGGGGCUUUAUACCCCUCUAGCCUAUGCUUGGCCAUGGGCAUGGUGACCUUAGGAUGAUGUGCAACUGCUCCAGAGUGUCCCAUUCUUUUGGUCAGUGCUUUUCUAUGGAGAUUAUACAAGCUGUGUCAGAAGUGGGUGCAGCCAAACUCACUCUGUAGACGAGUUGUUUUGGACUCCUGAGUGAUGCAGCUAAGGCUGAGUUUAGACUGCAGACAAAUUGAUUUGUUUCUCAAAACAGAUCUUUGGGUUGACUGUCUGCUCUGUUAUUUGCAUGUGAUCAGAUCAGAUUUGUGUGUCCAGACAUCACCAGCCUAUCGACUUGGGUUUGCUGUGGUAACUACUUAAGAAAAACUCUUUGUUGCUUUUCUUGAACCCCAGCACUUCUAUUACUUUGAAUUUGACCUUGUUUUUGUUGCGAUUGACUCAAAUAACUUAAAAUCCAAUUUGAAUGUCCAGACUGAGACGUAUCUGUAAAAAUCUGACUGAAGUCACAUUUCAAACCACCUCCAAUGCCUUCAAUGUGGCUUGGAUCUCAAAAAUUGAAUAUUGUGUUUUUUGCUGCAUACAGUCUGGAUAUGAUAUAAUUAGGUUUGGGCUGGCAGUCUGAACAAGGCCUCUUUGUUGGUGCAGGGAGUUUGAUCCCCAGUGAUGCCACAACUAUCCAUGGCCAGGAGUCCAAGAGAACAUAGCAGGUCUGGGUGGGUAGGAUAGUCCUCCCUCCUCACAUGACUCAGCUCGAUGUUAGCCAAUGUGGCCAUAUGUGAACGUAACAGAAGUGGUGGUUAGCGUUUUCCUCCAAGUGUGCUGAACUCCAAUGAUGUUAAAAGAUUCAUCUCCAGGGGCUCCUGAGUGGCGCAACAGUCUAAGCGUUGGCCCCAUCAUCAGGAGAUCGAGAGUUCAAUCCCUGGUGAUGCUACAGCCAUCCGUCCAGACAGCACAAUUGGCCUUGCUCUCUCCGGGUGGGUAGGAUUGCCACCCUUCUCCUCCCAUCACUCAGUGUGUGAUUCAGCAGGCUUCUGUUAGCUGAUGUAACAGAUCUGGCGGUUGGCCUCAGAGCAUGUUCCGCUGUCCAGUGAUGUUGCA